AUGCCGUUUACGCCCCCUCCGGGCUCAAAUAAGGAUCCAAAUUCAGCAGUACUGCAUCGGCAAAACAGUUCUGAUUUGUUUGAUAUCCAGUUUGAGGAUUCUCUGGAAGCUGCAUUGGAAUCUCUGCAAAUUAACAGCACUGGAAGCAUUAACGGUGAGAAUAUUGAAAUGAAAAGUCUACAACAUACAAAUGAUGAACCGGGCGGUCAAACCGAUACCGAUCCGCUCAUGAACGGCGAUGAAAACCGUUUGCAUAGUCGGUUCGUCGAAAGUCGGCAUAACUCGUCCAGAAACAGGAAUUCAGGCAAUGCGUCUUUGGGAGCCAGACUUUGGAAUUUUGUCAAGGCAUCAAAAGGUAACAAUUCAUCAUCUACUUACAAUUCCACUGGUGGAGUCAUUCAAAUCAAAAAUCAGCAGCUCGAUCGCGAAAUUCAUCCAGGUACCACCCCCAUUUAUGAUCGAAACAAGUAUGCACCCAACGCUAUCAGCAAUGCCCGAUACAGCCCGAUUUCAUUUAUCCCGAUCAUACUGUAUGAACAGUUCAAGUUCUUUUUCAACCUCUAUUUUCUGGUGGUGGCUCUUUCGCAAGCAAUUCCACCACUGCGGAUUGGCUAUUUGUCUUCCUACAUCGUGCCUCUAGCGUUCGUCUUGACGGUAACCAUGAGUAAAGAAGCUCUUGACGACAUUCAGAGAAGACGAAGGGAUAAUGAGUCGAACAAUGAGCUUUAUGAAGUCUUGAGCACUGCUCAACUUGUUCCUAGCAAAGACUUGAAAGUAGGGGACCUCAUUAAGAUCGGCAAAGGAGCCAGGGCUCCCGCAGACCUGGUGUUACUCCAGUCCAGUGAAGCCUCUGGCGAAAUUUUCAUAAAGACUGAUCAGCUAGAUGGUGAGACGGACUGGAAACUCCGACUAGCUUGUCCUUUGACCCAACAUUUGUCUCAGGACGACCUCCUGAAUAGAAUUUCCAUCACAGCAUCGGUGCCUGAGCCUUCUAUUGGAAACUUCUUGGGGAAACUCACCUUUAACAAUUCCCAGAGUCAACCUCUUUCCGUCGACAACACUAUGUGGGCGAACACUGUUUUUGCCUCGACAGGAACAUCAAUAGCAUGUGUUGUGUACACUGGCACUGAUACGCGGCAAGCACUGAACACUACAACAUCAAGCGUAAAGACGGGUCUUCUGGAGCUUGAAAUAAACAGCUUAUCCAAAAUACUAUGUGUGUGCGUCUUCAUUCUAUCAAUCACGCUGGUGGCUUUGGCAGGGUUGGACAACCAGGACUGGUAUCUAGACACUAUGAGAUACUUGAUCCUGUUUUCCACCAUUAUUCCAGUAUCACUGCGAGUUAACUUGGACUUGGGGAAGUCCGUUUAUGCUCAUCAGAUAGAAAACGAUAAAACCAUUCCCGAGACUGUGGUUAGGACAAGCACAAUACCUGAGGAUCUUGGCCGUGUAGAAUAUUUGCUCAGUGACAAGACGGGAACAUUAACCCAAAAUGAUAUGGAAUUGAAGAAACUCCAUUUAGGCACAGUCUCAUAUACCUUAGAGACUAUGGAUAUUGUUACAGACUACGUGAGCUCCAUGCCUCUUCAUUCAGAUUCCUCCGUAGUAACUGGCGGAGUAAAGCGGGACAUGCCUACAAGAGUUCGGGAUCUGAUAUCUGCACUUGCUCUUUGCCAUCAGGUCACUCCAACCUUUGAAGACGGUGAUUUAACGUAUCAAGCCGCUUCCCCCGAUGAGAUCGCAAUUGUCAAGUUCUCGGAAUCUGUGGGGCUCACGCUUUUCAAGAGGGAUCGCCAUUCGAUAACUCUGUUGCAUGAUCAGUCGGGAACAUUUUUCGAAUACGAUAUUAAACAAGUCUUUCCUUUCAAUUCAGAUAACAAGAGGAUGGGUAUCAUCAUAUUUGACAAGCAGAGGCAAGAUUUUUGGUUUUUACAAAAAGGUGCUGACGUGGUCAUGGCUAAAAUUGUUCAAAGCAAUGAUUGGUUAGAGGAAGAGACCGGAAACCUUGCUCGCGAAGGUCUCAGGACGCUGGUUGUAGGCCGCAAAAAACUGUCCAAGAAAACUUUCGACCUGUUCGACAAAGAAUAUAAAGAAGCUUCGCUUAAUAUGCUCAAUAGAGAAGCUUCCAUGAGCGCAGUAGUUGGCAAGCAUUUGGAACAUAACCUCGAAAUUCUAGGAUUGACUGGUGUGGAAGAUAAGCUACAAGAAGAUGUCAAAUCUUCUAUCGAACUUUUGCGUAAUGCGGGUAUCAAGAUCUGGAUGCUUACAGGCGACAAGGUAGAAACGGCUCGCUGUGUUUCUAUUAGCGCUAAGCUAGUCUCGAGAGGCCAAUAUGUCCACGCGAUAACAAAGCUCAACCAGUCAGAAGGUGCUCUCAAUCAGUUGGAACUUCUAAAAGUUAAUAAGAAUGCCUGUCUAUUGAUCGAUGGGGAGUCUUUAGGUUUCUACCUCGAUCAUUACAGACAAGAUUUCUUUGACUCUGUCGUCCACCUGCCGGCAGUCAUUGCCUGUCGUUGCACUCCACAGCAGAAGGCUGAUGUAGCUACCUUUAUCCGAGAAAUUACUGGCAAAAGAGUAUGCUGCAUAGGUGACGGUGGAAAUGAUGUUAGUAUGAUUAGAUCUGCUGAUGUUGGUAUCGGUAUCGUUGGCAAAGAAGGUAAGCAAGCUUCUCUAGCGGCUGACUUUUCAAUAACGCAGUUUAGCUUUCUUUCCACUCUGCUACUUUGGCAUGGGCGAAACUCCUACAAGCGGUCUGCGAAACUGGCUCAAUUUGUUAUCCACAGAGGUCUCAUAAUCUCUGUGUGUCAAGCAGUAUUCUCGAUAUGCUCAAAGUUUGAACCGAUCGCGUUAUAUCAAGGUUGGCUCAUGGUGGGUUACGCCACGCUCUACACCAUGGCUCCAGUCUUUUCUUUGACACUGGAUCGCGAUAUUGAUCAAUCUCUCACCAAAACUUAUCCAGAAUUGUACAAAGAAUUAACAGCGGGCAAAAGUUUGUCAUACAAAACAUUUUUCGUUUGGGUGGCUCUGUCACUUUUUCAAGGGUGCAUUAUUCAGGGUCUAUCUCAAGGGUUAACAAGUCUGUACGAAGUGGACUAUAUGCGCUUGGUUGCAUUGAGUUUUACUGCUUUGGUUCUUAACGAGUUGAUCAUGGUUGCGAUUGAAGUUUACACAUGGAAUAAGGCGAUGAUCCUCUCCGAGCUUGUGACAUUUAUUAUUUUCGUGGGUUCAGUGCCAUUCCUCCAAGAUUACUUUGAUUUAUCUUUCAUGGUCAAGCCAAUAUUCUAUGGAAAACUUGCUACUAUACUCGGACUUUCUAUCAUACCAGUUUGGGCCGCUAAAGCCUUACACAGGAGGCUAAACCCUCCUAGUUACGCCAAAGUUCAGCAGUUUUACUUUAGUGCAUAG